GGCAAUAUAAUGCGGAUCUCUAGCGGGGCAUAGCUCAAGAAAGUGAAAAUGUUUCGUGUGCUCAUUACUUCCGCCUGUAUACUGUUUGUAAUUGUCGUAGCGAUUAUCAUCGCGAAUACCAUCUCUACGGAUCGAGUAACCAUCGGUUCUGCUGAUAAAUUAGAAAGCAAUUUAAAUCCGAAUUCGAAAGGGAACUCGACAAUACGCGAAGAUCUCGAGGCAGUAAAUAUUACAAAUCAAACGGUUGUGUUGAACUCGGCGAAAGAAGCUGAUUCGGUUAUCGUAGCCUCAAACAUAGCAAAGGAAGUAAAAGUUUUGCAAGAUGCCGCUUUUGGUGAUGGAAAAGACCAGACAGCGUUAGACAAGAACGUUUCCGCCAUCAUCACAUCUAAAGAAAAACAAAUAGUACAGUUACAAACCGACAUAAAAGAAGCAGAAAUAGACCUUAAAGGAAAAAUGGAUCGCUUAAAACAGCUUGAACACCGCGCAUUAACCGCCAAAAAUCUUUCAGAUGAAACUCAAAAACAAUUUGAUAUGUUAAUUAACGCUAUGAAUGUACUCCAAAACUCCAUUAUCCAAACUAGUAAGUCAGCUAACGAAGCUUUUUGGCAAGCCCAACUUCAAACCGCUAAAUACAACGAUGCCAAAAGAAGACAUUCAAAAUUAAGUGCAGAAUUAGAAGAUAGCAAGAGUGAAUAUAGCAAAAUGAAGGUUGCUGUUGAUCAAGCUAUGAAAGCCGCUAAAAUUGCCAUGGGAAAUGUUCAAGUACCUAAUUUUAACAUUAAUAAAGAAUAAAUAUGUUUAUAAAUCGAUUUUUUUCUUUGUUCUUUUUCUAUCUCUUUCAAUAUAUUUUAAAGGC